AAGUACUCGUACUCUGUACUCGACAUGGCACGUACCAAGCAAACAGCACGUAAAUCUACUGGUGGAAAAGCGCCACGAAAACAAUUGGCAACAAAGGCUGCUCGCAAGAGCGCACCUGCUACUGGCGGAGUGAAGAAACCACAUCGUUACAGGCCUGGCACCGUCGCUCUUCGUGAGAUCCGCCGUUACCAGAAAAGUACAGAGCUCCUGAUCCGAAAGCUGCCAUUCCAGCGUCUGGUUCGAGAAAUUGCGCAAGAUUUCAAGACCGACCUUCGAUUCCAGAGCUCCGCCGUGAUGGCCCUACAAGAAGCCAGCGAGGCAUACCUAGUAGGUCUUUUCGAAGACACCAACCUGUGUGCCAUUCACGCCAAACGUGUAACCAUCAUGCCCAAAGAUAUCCAACUUGCCCGUCGCAUCCGCGGUGAGCGAGCAUAAGUCGUAUGCCUAGCAUACACAAACCAAAACGGCCCUUUUCAGGGCCACCACAUCCUCCAAAAAGAGAACUACCGUCAAAUGAACGCACCUAUACCACAUUA